GCAUCGAUCGAGAUUGUCACGGAAUUUGCAUUUUUCUUAACUGUCACCAGUGAUAGAGGAAGUUUCUUCUAGAGAUUAUUCGUCAAGCUUUUUCGAACGCAAUGGAUAACAGUGAACUUCGAGUUGAAGAUGAAACACAGAAUGAACACAGCAGGCGGCAGAGUUUGUCCACGAAAAAUACAAACGUCAGUGAGUUCAGCCCAAGCAGAUUUCAAACGAUCGUGAAUGCGAUGGGAAUGGAAAAUUCGCCAUCGAAAGUGGCAUCAGCAAAUUCGACACCGGAAAGAACAAAUUCCUUGACUAAAUCGAAUUCUCCCAACUUGAACAAAUGCACGCAGAUUGAAUUUAGCAAAGAAGUAAUGUACGAAAUGGAUAAAAAUGGUAUUCAGCCAAAUGGAUCGCCGAAAGCUAGCAGAAAAUUAUCUAGAUCCAGCGUUUACCCCUCUGGAACGAAUCUGACCGCUCGAGAUGCUUUUGGUCCUAAGCUAACAACACCGACAACUCCUGAAAAUACUCCACCGUUGCUGGAAACACCUAUUUUUCCAGAUGACAUACCAAGAGAUUCCUUGUUGCACAACGAUUCGUCUUCGGAAACGGAACUGGACCCUGAAACGCUCUAUUUUCGAGAUGGCCGCAGACGGAUUGACAUGGUGCUAGUGUACCGGGAAGACAACAAUGGGGUGAUGACCGAAAUAGAAGCUCGUCGAAAGGAGCAGAGACGCGUUUUCCAGCAGAAUUUGUUGAAAGAGGGCUUGCAAUUGGAAUUGGAACCGAAGGAGAACUCCUUCGACGGGAAGACUUAUUUCUUAAAGUUGCAUAUUCCAUGGAAGAUCAAGGUUCAAUACGCUGAAGUUAUGAAUCUAAAGUUACCCACCAAAAGAUUUAUUACCAUCUCUGUUAAAGCUUGGCAAGGUAACGAGGACGCGAAAGAAAGGCCGAAGCUUUGGGAAAAGUGGAUGCGUUGGAUAAAAUGGAUAAAGAAGAUACACACCUGGGAUAUUAAGAAGUAUCCGGAAGAACCUAGCUUUUACGAUAGCAUUGAUUCUGGCGAUCGAGAAGAGAGAUUUGUAGUGAAAGACAGGGAUACAGCUUACACGCCCGCUCAAAGGUCACUAAUAGUAAUGCAAAUAUUAUUACGGACAAGGUACGACGAAAAUCAUGAGAAAGCUGGUAUUCGUAGACUGUUGGCGGAUGGCACUUAUCUCGAUUGCUUUUCGCUUCACGAGGGUCCGUAUAAUAAACCGGGGCUUAACGGAGAAAUUUUUGAUAGACACUUAUUGUACUUAAUAUGGGCUAGACCUUCACAAUGGUACAAAAAACAACCACUUUGGUUGAUCAGACGAUAUUUUGGCGAGAAAGUGGCGCUUUACUUUGCUUGGCUGGGAUUUUACACAAAAUGCUUGUACCCUCCAGCGAUUGUCGGCUUCUUAUGUUUCAUGUACGGUGUAGGAAGCAUGGAGGGUGUUGACAAUAUACCCAGUAAAGAAAUAUGCGAUGAUGGUGUAGCUGGAAAUAUUACACUCUGUCCCCUUUGUGACAAAGCAUGUUCUUACCAAAGACUGGGCGAUUCCUGCCUAUUUUCAAAGUUAACUUACUUAUUCGAUAAUCCUGCCACUGUCUUCUUCGCCAUCUUCAUGUCGUUUUGGGCUACAACAUUCCUUGAACUGUGGAAACGAAGGCAAGCUGUAAUAAUUUGGGAAUGGGAUCUUCAAAAUGUCGAGAGCGACGAGGAGCCCAGACCUGAGUUUGAAACCACGGUGAAAACAUUCCGAAUAAAUCCUGUGACCAGAGAAAGAGAGCCUUACUUACCGGCGUGGUCUAAAGCCUUACGUUUUUGUGCUACUGGUUCCAUAGUAUUCUUCAUGAUAUGCGUAGUACUGGGUGCUGUACUGGGAACAAUAAUGUACCGAAUAUCGUUGGUGCCCGUGUUUUACAGCGGUGGUGGUACAUUUUUAAAGAAUCAUGCCAAGAUUUUCACCUCCAUAACUGCUGCCCUUGCUAACUUGGUGAUCAUAAUGAUCCUUACGCGAGUUUACCAUCGUCUAGCACGAUGGAUGGUGAAUAUGGAGAAUCCUAGAACGCAAACUGAAUACGAAUCCAGCUUCACCUUCAAAAUAUUUCUAUUCGAAUUCGUCAAUUUUUAUUCGUCACUCAUUUAUAUCGCCUUCUUUAAGGGAAGAUUCUUCGUUCAUCCUGGAGAUACAGAUGCUAGAUCUACGGAAUUCUUUCGCAUAAAGACGGACGUAUGCGAUCCAGCGGGUUGUCUGUCGGAAGUUUGUAUACAGCUCGCUAUUAUAAUGGUGGGCAAACAGUGCUUCAACAAUUUCGUAGAAAUACUGUCGCCGAAACUGUGGAAUUGGUGGCGUAAAAGGAACCACGUUGCCGCCACGAAAGAUCACGCUAGGCCGUAUACUUAUUGGGAGAAGGAUUAUCAGUUACAGGAUCCUGGAAGACUUGCUUUGUUCGAUGAAUAUUUAGAAAUGAUCUUGCAAUAUGGAUUUGUGACCCUGUUCGUCGCAGCAUUUCCAUUAGCACCGUUAUUUGCGUUGUUAAAUAACAUAGCUGAGAUACGAUUGGACGCAUACAAAAUGGUGAAAGAAGCUAGGAGACCAUUAGCCGAGAGAGUGCAGGAUAUAGGCGCUUGGUACGGCAUACUUCGUGGAGUAACUUAUGUUGCAGUGGUAUCGAACGCGUUCGUUAUUGCAUAUACGUCAGACUUCAUCCCACGAAGCGUUUAUGCCAUUGUUUACUCUCCAACAAAGGAUUUAGUGGGUUACAUUGACAGUUCUCUGUCGGAUUUCAACACGUCGGAUUAUAGGGACGAUAUGAAGAGUGAUAUGGACAGAAAUCAUCCGGAAACUUGUCAGUACAGAGGCUAUAGAAAUGGACCGGAUCAUCCUACGGAUCCGUACGGCCUCAGUCCUCAAUAUUGGCAUGUCUUCGCAGCUCGUUUAGCCUUUGUUGUUGUUUUUGAACACAUUGUCUUCGCCCUGACUGGUAUAAUGAGUUACGUGAUACCAGCCGUACCUCAUUCUCUGUCUACUCAAUUACAAAGAGAAAGUUUAUUGGCUCAGGAGGCUAAGUAUGAGAAAGGUUUAAAGAGCAGAGAGGAUGAAGACGACAUCUUGUCCAUGCUUAGAGAAGCAGGGAGUAUUGGAAGGCCUACAGGAGGUGGCAGAGGUAGCUGGGCAAGGCGCUUCAGUAAAUUAAGCGAUGGUUUAGACGCCCACGUUGACGAAGCUUCCAAACAUAAUAGAAACAGCGACGGAUCAACCGUAUGGGAGGUGACAUAA